GGAAGGCGCGGCGGAGAAAGCAGGGAAACGAAGAGCGAAAGAGCACAUGCCGGGGGUCCUACCAGACCCCGCGUAUCUUCCUUUCCCGCUACCCCUCGUCUCCCUCCAGGCGCCCGCUCUCCCGGCCCUGGUCCCGGCCCCGCGCCCGCCCGCGCCUCCUCCCCUUCCCCUCCCACGCUGCCCGUUUCCCUUCCCCUCUGCCCCUCAAACCCUCCUCUCGGGUUCUGCGCUCCUCCCUCCGCCCUCCCUCCGCCCGCCGGCCUCCUUCCCUCCCUCCCCUCCUCGCCCCGGGAAGCAUCACUUCGUCCCGACCCGGAGGAGGACGCGAGCCCCUGGCGGGUGGUCAUCGCGGCCCGGCGCUGGGACUGCCACCGCGCGCUGCGCCCGUGCGCCCUCGGUCCCCGCGUCCUCCGCCGCGCUGCGCCGCGCCGCGGGGAUGGGGCCCGGCCGGCCGGCCCCGGCACCCUGGCUUCGUCACCUGCUGCUCUGCGUCCUGCUCCUCGGGGGCCUGCACUUCGGCACCGCCGCCACCGUCCUCCCGGAACCCAACAUCUUCCUCAUCUUCAGCCAUGGACUGCAGGGCUGCCUGGAGGCCCAGGGUGGGCAGGUCAGAGUCGCCCCAGUCUGCAAUGCCAGUCUCCCUGCCCAGCGCUGGAAGUGGGUCUCCAGAAACCGGCUCUUCAACCUGGGUGCCAUACAGUGCCUGGGCACAGGCUGGCCGGGCACCAACACCACAGCCUCCCUGGGCCUGUACGAGUGUGACCGGGAGGCCCUGAACCUGCGCUGGCACUGCCGCACGCUGGGUGACCAGCUGUCCCUGCUCCUGGGGGGCCGUGCUGGCAAUGUCUCUAAGGCCGGCACCCCUGAGCGUGGUGACCAGACCCGCAGCGGCCAGUGGCGCAUCUACGGCAGCGACGAGGAUCUGUGUGCUCGGCCCUACUAUGAGGUCUACACCAUCCAAGGGAACUCCCAUGGGAAGCCAUGCACCAUCCCCUUCAAGUACGACAACCAGUGGUUCCACAGCUGCACCAGCACGGGCCGUGAGGACGGACACCUGUGGUGUGCCACCACCCAGGACUACGGCAAGGAUGAGCGCUGGGGCUUCUGCCCCAUCAAGAGUAAUGACUGCGAGACCUUCUGGGACAAGGACCAGCUGACGGACAGCUGCUACCAGUUUAACUUCCAGUCCACACUAUCGUGGAGGGAGGCCUGGGCCAGCUGUGAGCAGCAGGGGGCGGAUCUGCUGAGCAUCACAGAAAUCCACGAGCAGACCUAUAUCAACGGGCUCCUCACUGGCUACAGCUCCACACUCUGGAUUGGCCUCAAUGACCUGGACACCAGUGGAGGCUGGCAGUGGUCAGACCACUCACCCCUCAAGUACCUCAACUGGGAGAGUGAUCAGCCAGACAACCCGAGCGAGGAGAACUGUGGGGUGAUCCGCACGGAGUCCUCGGGUGGCUGGCAGAACCGCGACUGCAGCAUCGCGCUGCCCUACGUGUGCAAGAAGAAGCCCAAUGCCACGGCCGAGCCCAGCCCUCCGGACGUGUGGGCCAACGUGAAGGUGGAGUGCGAGCCAAGCUGGCAGCCCUUCCAGGGCCACUGCUACCGCCUCCAGGCCGAGAAGCGCAGCUGGCAGGAGUCGAAGAAGGCGUGCCUGCGGGGCGGCGGCGACCUGCUCAGCAUCCACAGCAUGGCCGAGCUGGAGUUCAUCACCAAGCAGAUCAAGCAAGAGGUAGAGGAGCUGUGGAUCGGCCUCAACGAUUUGAAACUGCAGAUGAAUUUUGAGUGGUCCGACGGGAGCCUAGUGAGCUUCACCCACUGGCACCCUUUUGAGCCCAACAACUUCCGGGACAGUCUGGAGGACUGUGUCACCAUCUGGGGGCCGGAGGGGCGCUGGAACGACAGUCCCUGUAACCAGUCCUUGCCGUCCAUCUGCAAGAAGGCAGGCCAGCUGAGCCAGGGGGCCGCCGAGGAGGACCACGGCUGCCGGAAAGGUUGGACAUGGCACAGCCCAUCCUGCUACUGGCUGGGAGAGGACCAAGUGACCUACAGUGAGGCCCGGCGCAUGUGUACUGGCCAUGGCUCCCAGCUGGUCACCAUCACCAACAGGUUCGAGCAGGCCUUCAUCAGCAGCCUCAUCUACAACUGGGACGGCGAGUACUUCUGGACGGCCCUGCAGGACCUCAACAGCACCGGCUCCUUCCGCUGGCUCAGUGGGGAUGAGGUCAUGUACACCCACUGGAACCGGGACCAGCCGGGGUACAGCCGUGGGGGCUGCGUGGCCCUGGCCACAGGCAGCGCCAUGGGGCUGUGGGAGGUAAAGAACUGCACCACGUUCCGGGCCCGCUACAUCUGCCGGCAGAGCCUGGGCACGCCAGUGACGCCCGAGCUGCCCGGGCCCGACCCCACGCCCAGCCUCACCGGCUCCUGUCCCCAGGGCUGGGCCUCAGACCCCAAACUCCGGCACUGCUAUAAGGUGUUCAGCUCAGACCGGCUUCAGGACAAGAAGAGCUGGGUACAGGCCCAGGGCGCCUGCCGGGAGUUGGGGGCCCAGCUGCUCAGCCUGGCCAGCUACGAGGAGGAGCACUUUGUGGCCAACAUGCUCAACAAGAUCUUUGGUGAAUCAGAACCCGAGAUCCACGAGCAGCACUGGCUCUGGAUCGGCCUGAGCCGGCGGGACCCCGGAGCAGGGCAGAGCUGGCGCUGGAGCGACGGUCUGGGGUUCUCCUACCACAAUUUCGACCGGAGUCGGCAUGACGACGACGGCAUCCGGGCCUGCGCCGUGCUCGACCUGGCCUCCCUGCAGUGGGUGGCCAUGCAGUGCGAGACGCAACUGGACUGGAUCUGCAAGAUCCCUAGAGGAGCGGACGUGCGGGAGCCGGAAGACAUCAACCCGCAAGGCCGGCGGGAUUGGGUGCGUUUCCAGGAGGCCGAAUACAAGUUCUUCGAGCACCACUCCACGUGGGCGCAGGCGCAGCGUAUCUGCACUUGGUUCCAGGCCGAGCUGGCCUCGGUGCACAGCCAGGCGGAGCUAGACUUCCUGGGGCACAACCUGCAGAAGUUCUCCCGGGGGCAGGAGCAGCACUGGUGGAUCGGUCUGCACACCUCGGAGAGCGACGGCCGCUUCAGGUGGACAGAUGGCUCCAUUAUAAACUUCAUCUCCUGGGCACCUGGCAAACCUCGGCCCAUCGGCAAGGAGAAGAAGUGCGUGUACAUGACAGCCAGCCGAGAGGACUGGGGGGACCAGAGGUGCCUGACGGCCUUGCCCUACAUCUGCAAGCGCGACAACAGCACUAGAGAGGUGCAGCCCCCAGAUCUGCCACCUGCAGACUUGGGGGGCUGCCUUCCUGGCUGGAACCAGUUCCUCAACAAGUGCUUCCGAAUCCAGGGCCAGGACCCCCAGGACCGAGUGAAGUGGUCUGAGGCACAGUUCUCCUGUGAACAGCAAGAGGCCCAACUGGUCACCAUUGCAAACCCCCUAGAGCAAGCAUUCAUCACAGCUAGCCUGCCCAAUGUGACCUUUGACCUUUGGAUUGGCCUCCAUGCCUCGCAGAGGGACUUCCAGUGGGUGGAGCAGGAGCCUCCGCUGUACGCCAACUGGGCACCUGGGGAGCCCUCUGGCCCUAGCCCCGUUACGAGCGGCAACAAACUGACCGGCUGUGCGGUGGUCCUACACGGCCCCUCAGCCCACUUCACUGGCCGCUGGGACGACCGGAGCUGCAUGGAGGAGACUCAUGGCUUCAUCUGCCAGAAAGGCACCGACCCCUCCCUGAGCCCAUCCCCAGCAGCGGCACCCCCGGCCCCGGGCACCGAGCUUUCCUACCUCGAUGGGACCUUCCGGCUGCUGCAGAAGCCGUUGCGCUGGCAUGACGCCCUCCUGCUCUGCGAGAGCCGCAACACCAGCCUGGCCCACGUGCUUGACCCCUUCACUCAGGCCUUCCUCACGCAGGCUGCCCAGGGGCUGCGCACGCCACUCUGGAUCGGGCUGGCCAGCGAGGAGGGCUCCCGGCGGUACUCCUGGGUCUCAGAGGAGCCGCUGGGCUACGCGAGCUGGCGGGACGGGGAGCCGCAGCUGCCCGGGGGCUGCGCCUACGUCGAUGUGGACGGGGCCUGGCGCACCACCAGCUGCGACACCAAGUUGCAGGGGGCCGUGUGCGGAGAUCACCGGGGGCCCGUUCCUCCGCGAAGAAUAAGCUACCACGGCAGCUGCCCCCAGGGGCUGGCCGACUCGGCGUGGAUUCCCUUCCGCGAGCACUGCUACUCCUUCCACAUGGAGCUGCUGCUGGGCCACAAGGAGGCGCUGCAGCGCUGCCAGCGAGCCGGAGGGGCGGUGCUGUCCAUUCUGGAUGAGAUGGAGAACGUGUUCGUCUGGGAGCACCUGCAGGGCUCCGAGGGCCAGAAUCCUGGCGCCUGGCUGGGCAUGAACUUCAACCCCAAAGGAGGCACCCUGGUCUGGCAGGACAACACGGCUGUGAACUACUCCAACUGGGAUCCCCCCGGCCUGGGCCCCAGCAUGCUGAGCCACAACAGCUGCUACUGGAUCCAGAGCAGCAGCGGGCUGUGGCGCCCGGGCGCCUGCACCAAUGUCACCAUGGGCGUCGUCUGCAAGCUGCCCCGGGCUGAAGAGAGCAGCUUCUCCCCGUCAGCAGCGCUCCCAGAGAACCCGGCAGCCCUGGUGGUGGUGCUGAUGGCAGUGCUGCUGCUGCUGGCCCUGCUGACCGCAGCCCUGAUCCUCUACCGGCGGCGCCAGAGCGUCGAGCGCGGGGCCUUCGAGGGCGCCCGCUACAGCCGCAGCUCCACCGGCCCCAGCGAGGCCACCGAGAAGAACAUCCUGGUGUCCGACAUGGAAAUGAACGAGCAGCAAGACUAGAGCCAAGGGCAUGGGCAGGGCUGGGGGGUCAGGCAGAGCUGGGGAGCCUGGGCCCUGGGUCAGCAGGACCCCCCAGCCAGCAGUCCGGUUGGCCUGUGGAGGGGUGCCCUUAGGAAUGGCCUUUGGGAGCUGGGCCGGUGGGGUCCUGCACUCUCGCGAGGGCAGGGCUGAGACGUAGCCAAGUGCAGUGUGGCACUUCCCUUUCUGAGAGGUGGGGUCUGGGGUCUUGUCACCUGGCCUGUGCCCCCGGUAACCAGAGUCAGAAUGGGAGGGGGAAUGGGAGCCUCUUUCUGCCUCUUUCCUUCCAGGCCCCCCGCCCAGGCCCCCCACCCAAGCCCCAAGAUCCCCUUCCUGUUAACAGAGCCUGAGGAGGCUCCCCCACCCCCUGGGCAGCUCCUGUUACUUCUCUCCUUCUCACCUGGCAGCCUCUGCCCUGAGCCCCAAGCCCUGUCCCCUCGUCCCCCCUUCUCACCCAGCCCUUCCUUCUGAGCCAGGACC